UAAGGAUGACGGUCUCUCUAUAUAUAAUUCCAUCAUAUAACAGUUCCUACCACCAAAAUAUUAUGGAGAUUGAACAGAGCAAGGAACAUGCACCCCUUUCCCAAAAGGAAUUCUGUUCUGAAGAAGAGGGUCCAGGGUCACCCCACGAGGCUUUGUUUCUUGUCUUGGCCUACCUUCCUUUAUUUGAGCUUCUUGCCAUGAGUGAAGUUUGCAAGUCACUGAGAGAAGCAGUGAACAAGGAUAUACUGCCAUGGCUAAACAUAAUUGUUGAAAGGCCUUUGAACGUGCGGUUGACUGACGAGAUUCUGACGAAAAUUACUUCCAAGGCAGAUGGUAGGCUAAGAACCUUGGCUCUAAUGAACUGUGCCAGGAUUACUGAUGAUGGGCUUCAAAGUGUAAUUGCCAAAAAUCCCCUUAUUAACAAGCUGUACCUACCAGGUUGCACUGGCUUAACCCCAAAUGGAGUAAUAAGAGCUGUGCAGACACUGUCCGUACACCAGCACAGCCUCGAAAGCCUUCAGAUAAACGGCAUCUACAACAUGAACAAACAACACCUUGAAAGGCUUCAAUAUUACCUUCUAACAAAGCAAAUACAGCAGCAGGUUCAGCAAAAGCAGCAGUCUCUCUUUUAUCAUACUUACAGAAAGUUUCAAGCAUAUAGAUGGGAAGAAUUUGGCCCAAUUAUCGAUGUGGAAAUCUGUCCCAAGUGCAAUGAAGUAAGGAUUGUUUUUGAUUGUCCCAGGGAGGAUUGUAAAAGGAAGAGAGAUCAUUCACUGUCUGCUUGUAGGAUGUGCAAGUUUUGCAUUCCUAGGUGUGAAGAAUGCGGGCUGUGUGUCAAACCCGGAGAAGUGGAAGAGGCUGUUUGCUCAGAUACUCUCUGCUCAGAUUGUUGGAUUCAGCUUUCGAAAUGUAAUUUUUGUAACAAGCCAUGCUGCCGGCAGCACACCAGUCUGCAGAUUAGAUCUAGGGGAUCAACUGGUUGGAUUUGCGUUGUUUGCCAUGAAACAUUCCUGAGUUCGGAUGAUGUUGAACAAUGACAUUCCUUGCAUGUCUAUCAUUUUUCUGACUUACACUAUAAA